AUGCACGGUUACGGGUUCAUUUACACAGCGAUUUUCGACAGCGACUCGCAAAGGCGCCUAUGGCUUAACCUUUAUCACCCAUAUACUACAUGGUACCAGUCUAUUAGACCUUAUCUUUGCAAGGAAACGUUUUUGAGCUACGACGACGGAGAAGAUUCGAAAAACGUCAAUACAAUUGUAGCCUCGAUCAAAUAUAACGGGGAAACUGUCGGAGACCCAUUCAAUAUUGUUGACGAUUCCUCCUAUUUGCAAUUCACUGCUAAACUUAAAAUGGAGGUUCAAAAGGAGGAGGAGAGGGAGACGGAAAGAAAUACGGGAAGGGAGGGAGAAGAAUGGGGAGAAUUUGUCGGAGAUGGAGUCCCAAAGCUGAUUGUGGAUAUUCAUGAGACAAAAUAA